AUGGGAAAGAUCGACUAUGCGCAGGCCGUCUCUUUCAGCUACAGUUCGGGCAGCUCGGCUGUAGACGAAGGAGAAGAUGAAGACCUCAUUAAAGAGAGGAAGAGACGGGAAGAAUCUGUUCGAAGAGCCAAAAUUAUCGAAGAAAGAAAGAGAGCAGCCCAGGGAAGAGGUCGCGGGAGAGGUAGAGGUCGAGGAGGUGGACAGAGGAGAGCACCACCAUCGGCUGCGGUUCAACAACGGCGUCAAGACAGCAGACCGGAGCCGCUAGAAAACAUCGAUGAGGGGAGCGAGAGCAGGUUGGCUUCGGCUGCAACGAGCAAGGCACCAUCCGCAAGAGGGCGUGGUAGAGGAAGGGGGAGACCUGCUUACAACGCAGGUCCUUCAAGAGUGCAAUCUAGACAGUCACUGCGCCCCGUGACGUCACAGUCUCUGAGACCGGAGACAUCGCAAUCCAAACGUCCAAUAACUGCUCAGUCUAACCAUGCAGAGCCCAAGGAAAAACCGCCACCAGAAGAACCAAACGUAAAAGAGGAAGAACCGAAGAAGGAAGAACCGAAGGAGGAAGAACCAAAGAAGGACGAACAGAAAGAGGAACCUCAAGAACAACCUGUACCAGAACCCCAACCAGUUAAAAAGAAGAAAUUCGGAGCGGCAGUCAGAGCGAGCAUUUUCAUGCGAUCCUUCUUCGGGAAAAAGAAACAAGAAGAGCCUGAACCCGAACCGGAACCUGAGAAGAAAGAGGAAGAAAGGGAAGAAGAGGAAAAACCUGAGGAGAAGAAAGAAGGCGAAGAGGAGGCAGCUAAACAGGAGGAUGAAGAAGAAAAGAAGGGCGAAGAAGAAGAAAAGAAGGACGAAGAAGAAGAAAAGAAGGACGAAGAAGAAGAGGUCCCACCUCCACCCCCUCCACCGCCUAAAAGUCCCUCACCCGAACCCAAGGAACCGGAGGCCGAAACGGAACCGAAGAAGGAAGAAGAGGAGGAAAAAACACCAGAACCAAAGCCAGAGUCUCCAGCUAUAGCGGAGGAGGAAGGAGCUGAGCGAAAGAGUCUUGUCAGCAUCAAGGAGGAAGUCAAAGAGGAAGUCAAAGAGGAAGAGAAGAUCAAGACACCUGAACCUCCUCCACAAGAUGAUGAAAUGACCGAAGAGGACAAGGAGAAGGCGAGGGGGAUCCUCGGCUCUCUAUUUGGCAGACGCAAGACGACGCUAGCACCGGCAGUCCGGGCUUCUCGCACAAGCCUCCAGAGUAUCGGCUCGGACUCUCAAGAAGAGAAAGCCAAGAAGGGCUUCUUGAAGGGGCUCUUCGGACGCAAGAAAUCAGAUGAUGACGAGUCAAUGAGGGCGUCAAGAGUCAGUCUCAACCGGAGUAGGGUGUCACUUCAGCCUUCCUCAGAGACGGGCAACAGUCCUAAGAAUGAACCGGUGGUCACUGUCAAGCCACCAACCCCUCCACCACCGGUAGUUAAAUCGCCAACGCCCCCACCCCCACCACCCCCUCCCGAACCGAAACAAGAAACGUCCACCGCCUCAAACCGACCAGUUGUUAUCAUCAACACAAGUGCAAAUGACGGGUCAUUCCAGAGGACGCUAAUCGAAGCCCUAAGAGGGAACGUCUCAACAACCGACGAACCAGAACAAACACAACCCAAGGAGAUACAACCAGAGCAGCCUCAAUCACCACAGCAGCCACAGCAGCCUCAAAUACCCCAGCAGCCCCAAGGAGUACCUCCCAACAUUGCGUACACCGGACUCUCCCCUCAGGUGGUCCCAUAUCCGAUGUUCCAGCCUCCGCAGCCGUUUUACGGCCAACCCAAUCCGUACAUGUAUCCCCCUCAAAUGAUGCCGGGCUACGGUGGAUACCCGGGCGGCUAUCCGGGCGCUUUCCCACAGUUCAAUAUGUCCAUGCCACCGGUUAAUAACCCAAUGUUUCCCCAACAGCAAAACAUGGUCUACCAACAGCAGCAGCCACAACCUGUCCAACAAGCCAUGUCAAUCCAACAACAGCAGCCAUUGGUUCAACAACGAGCCAACCAGAUAAGUUAUACUCAACCCACAACAGGCGCGAACUCGUACACCCCAAGUGGUCAUCAAGUCCAGCAAACAAUCAAUAACAAUGAACCAUUACACAUUGUCGAGAAACUUGACGCAGCGUUGGAAGCAGAAAGACGACGCCCGAAAGUUCCCGAAGACGAAUUCGAAGACUCGGAUUCCGACGAUAAUUUUUACAGCGCGGAACAAAGAAGGAUCAAGAGGAAAAAGAGGAGGGCAAAGGAAGAGAAAAGGACUGAGAGGGAGAGGCGGCGGCAAGACGAAGACGAGCGAGAACGCGAACGAGAAGUGGAGAGGAAAUCUAAACCCCGGACUCCAUCUCCACCCCCACCAGACAUUGACCUCACCGGGUUGUUGUCAUUGAUUGAGACGGGGCAGGAGCCACCUGAGCCCGGUAGAGAAGAACCCGCCGAGGACGGUCAAGAAUCUCGCCCGGACACCAGUAACACCAACGGAAAAGUACCCCUAACCGAAGAAGACGAACUUAGUCGUUUGUUAGCUCAACUCGGCGCAGCACCAUCCUCUGGCACACCGGUCCCGAAAAGUGCCAAAAAGAGAAGAAAAUCAUCCGCGCCUAAAGUGGAACAUCGUGAAAACACUCUAUUAACAAUGCUUCGCGAGGAAGACCAAAAACUCGAUCAGUUAAAAUACAACUCAAACCGAAGGAAAUCCACCACUGACUUCAGGACUAAAAGCAGAGGUGAACAAGAAAAGCGCAGUUCAGUGCCGAAUUUGGGGCUGUACCCCAUGGGGCAGCCAGGGGUCCAAUCCCCCGGUCAAUUUUCCGGGAUAAAUCCGGAACAACCGCGGACCAUGUCAGCCGAAAGACUUUUGCACGAGGCUCAGAAAAAACUGAUGUCGGUUCAACAAUCUCUCCAAACAUGA